UCUUUCUUGUGUCUGCGGAGCGGAAGGAGCGGAACGAUUUGUCCACGCUGUCCGGGCGGAGAACGCAGAAGCCGAGGCGCCUCCGCAGCAGCAGCAGCGGUACAUACCUGCCCGGUUGGCAUGUGAUAGCCAGCGAGCGGCCGCCCUCUUUCUUGUAUCUGUACGCGAAGGAAGGAACCGGGAAGCGGUUCGACUCUCACCGGGGCUAAGGAGCGCUCCGGUUGCUGCCGGUCUCCCGACGAGCCGCCGAGAUGGAGCCACUCUGCGGACCAGACCGCCCCUUCUGGGAAGCCAAUCAGACGUUCCACACAGAGCGGCCCGACCUCACAGAGUGUUUCCAGCUGUCUGUCUUAUCAUGGCUGCCGUGCAUCUACCUGUGGGCCGUGUGCCCGUUCUACCUCUUCUAUCUCAAGAGGAACAACAGGGGCUACAUCAUGAUGUCCAUUAUGAACAGGUUCAAAACGGUGUUUGGCUUGUUGUUAUGGAUAGUGUGUUGGACAGAUCUCUUCUACACAUUCCACGAACAGCGGCUGGGAGAAAUCCGCCCGCCCAUCUACUUUGUCACCCCGCUGGUUCUUGGCAUGACCAUGCUGCUGGCCACGUUUCUGAUCCAGUUUGAGAGGUUACGUGGGGUUCAGUCCUCGGGGGUCCUCUUCAUCUUCUGGUUCCUGUCUGUGUUGUGUGCCAUUGUGCCUUUCCGUUCCAAGAUCCUACAGGCCUCCAGCCAGAGUGAGGUGCAAGACAAGCUGCGAUUCACCACGUUCUACUUGUACUUCAGUCUGGCGCUGUGCGAGUUCAUCCUCUGCUGCUUCAAUGAGAAACCUCCUCUCUUCUCCAGUGUCGUCACAGACCCUAACCCCUGCCCUGAAGCCACAGCAGGUUUUCUCUCCUCCAUGACAUUUUGGUGGUUCACAAGUAUGGCUGUUAAAGGCUACAAAAUGCCCCUUGAGGCCAAAGACCUGUGGUCUCUGAACAAGCGCGACAGCUCCAAGGUGAUGGUCCCAAAUCUCCUCAGAGAGUGGGAGAAGGAGCAGGCCAAAGCCAAGAGCGAACCGCAUCUAUCCAGCCAGGCUCUGUACUCCAAGCCCCUGCCGUCGAGCACCAACAAUAUCGCAGGAGGAGGAGGAGGAGGUGGAGGAGGUGAAAGUAGCCCAGAAGAAGUAGAGGUGCUGCUGUCCAAUCAGAAAGCUGCUCCCCAUAAACCGUCCUUCCUGCGUUCCCUCAUCAGAGCCUUCGGACCCUACUUUAUGAUAGGCUCAGCCUACAAGCUCAUGCAGGAUAUCGUCACCUUCGUCAACCCUCAGCUGCUUAGGAUGUUGAUCAAAUUCACAAAAGAGAAGGGUGUUCCUGAUUGGUGGGGUUACGCACUGGCCUUCCUCAUGUUCUUCACAGCUAUCCUGCAGACUCUCAUUCUUCACCAUCACUUUCAGUACUGUUUUGUCACCGGCAUGAAUGUACGCACAGCUAUCAUAGGAGCAAUCUACAGGAAGUCUCUGGUGAUAACUAACGCCGCCAAGCGUUCAACUACAGUGGGAGAGGUAGUCAACCUGAUGUCUGUGGACGCACAGAGGUUCAUGGACCUCACCACCUUCCUCAACAUGCUGUGGUCGGCUCCUCUUCAAAUUAUGCUGGCACUUUACUUCCUGUGGCAGAACCUUGGUCCAUCUGUGCUGGCUGGGGUCGCUGUCAUGAUUCUGCUGAUCCCAUUGAACGCUGUCAUCGCUAUGAAGACCCGAGCCUACCAGGUGGAGCAAAUGCAGUACAAGGACUCGCGUAUCAAGCUGAUGAACGAGAUCCUAAACGGCAUAAAAGUUCUAAAGCUUUACGCAUGGGAGAUCUCCUUCAGAGACAAGGUCCUGGACAUUAGGCAGAAGGAGCUCAACACUUUGCGCAAAACAGCCUACCUGGGAGCGCUGUCCACCAUGGCCUGGACCAGCGCACCUUUCCUGGUUGCCUUGACAACGUUUGCUGUUUAUGUGAAUGUGGAUGAGAACAACGUCCUGGAUGCAGAGAAGGCCUUUGUGUCACUCGCGCUCUUUAACAUCCUCAGGUUUCCUCUCAACAUGCUUCCCCAGGUCAUCAGCAGCAUGGUGCAGACCAGUGUCUCACUGAAGCGGAUCCAAAAUUUCCUGAGUCAUGAUGAGCUGGACCCAAAUUCAGUAGACCGAAAGAACAACUCCACAGAAUUCUCAGUGACAGUUGUCAAUGGGAAGUUCACCUGGAGUAAAGAAGAUCUUCCUGUUCUGCAGAACAUCAAUGUGAUGGUGCCCCAGGGCUCCCUGCUUGCAGUGGUGGGCCACGUUGGUUGUGGGAAAUCCUCCCUGAUCUCUGCGCUGCUGGGAGAAAUGGAGAAACUGGAGGGAGAGAUUUCUAUUCGGGGAUCAGUGGCGUACGUACCGCAGCAGGCCUGGAUACAGAAUGCCACCCUGCGUGACAACAUCCUGUUUGGGAUAGCCUACAAUGAGCAGAAGUACCGCUGCGUACUGGAAGCCUGUGCUUUAACCCCUGACCUCGAAGUGUUGCCCGGAGGAGACAUGACUGAGAUAGGAGAGAAGGGGAUCAACCUCUCCGGUGGCCAGAGACAGAGGGUGAGCCUGGCCCGAGCCCUGUACAGUGACGCUGAGGUCUACCUGCUGGACGACCCUCUGUCCGCUGUCGACGCCCACGUUGCCAAACACAUUUUUGACAACCUCAUCGGUCCAGAGGGGGCACUGAAGGGCAAGACACGCAUUUUGGUGACCCACGGCAUCAGCUUCCUGCCCCAGGUGGAUAACAUAAUGGUGAUAGUGGAAGGUCGGGUGUCAGAGAUGGGCUCCUACCAGGAGCUGCUCACACAGAAUGGGGCCUUUGCAGAGUUUCUGAGGAACUACGCCCUGGAGGAUAUUGUUGAGGAGGACCAAGCACUUGAGGAGUUAAUUGAAGAUGAGGAGUUGUUCCCUGAUGAUGCCCUUAGCAACCACACAGACAUGGUGGACAACGAGCCAGUGGUCAAUGAAACUAAGAGAAAUUUCAUAAGGCAGAUCAGCGUCAUCUCAUCAGAGGGGGAGAACCCCAGGUGUCGCUCAGUGAGGAGACAGGGCUGCAGCCAGAGGAAAUCCCCAGAGCCACAAGAGAAGAAGAAACCCCUUGAGAUGGAUAAACUCAUCCAGUCAGAGACUGCAGCAACCGGCAGGGUGAAAACAAAAGUGUACCUGGAGUAUGCCAAGGCAGUGGGACCCCUACUGUCAGUGUUCAUCUGUUUCCUGUACGGCUGUCAGAGUGCAUCCGCCAUCGGAGCAAACAUCUGGCUCAGCCAGUGGACUAAUGAUGCUUCAACAAAUCAGACUAAGGAGAAUGCAGUUAUGAGGGUGGGGGUGUAUGCAGCAUUGGGCACUGCACAAGGUGUGCUGUUGUUGGUUAACUGCCUGUUGUGCCGAGCCUACAGUAUGCUGCGAGCGGCCAAGCUCACACACUACAACAUGCUCCAGGGGGUCCUGCGAGCUCCGCAGGCCUUCUUCGAGAGCACCCCCACUGGGCGCUUACUAAACCGCUUCGGCAAAGACAUCGAUGCUAUAGACUCCCACAUUCCAGAAAAUAUUGACAUAUGGAUGCGCACUUUCUGGUACACACUGAAUGUGCUGCUCAUAUGCUCUGCCCUCACCCCAAUGUUCCUCAUAGUCAUAGCCCCGUUAAUGGUGUUCUAUUGGUGGGUUCAGAGAUUUUACGUUGCCACAUCCCGGCAGCUAAAGCGCUUGGAGUCGGUCAGCCGCUCUCCCAUAUACUCCCAUUUCUCUGAGACCAUCACUGGCUCUAGUGUAAUCCGAGCCUAUGGCAGACACUCUGCCUUUGUUCUGAUGAGUGAUCUGAAAGUGGAUGAGAACCAAAAGAGUUACUUCCCUGGUAUAGUGUCCAACAGGUGGCUCGGGGUGCGUAUUGAGUUCAUUGGAAACUGCAUAGUGUUGUUUGCUGCUGUGUUUGCUGUGACUGGUAAGGAGAACCUGAAUCCCGGCCUCGUGGGUCUGUCGGUGUCCUACGCUCUGCAGGUGACCAUGUCUCUGAACUGGAUGGUGAGAAUGACUUCAGAUCUGGAAAACAACAUAGUAGCGGUUGAGAGAGUGAAGGAGUACUCUGAAACCAAGACAGAGGCCCCCUGGGAGGUGGAGGACAAGAAGCCCCCUCCUGACUGGCCCAGGGAGGGGAACGUGCAUUUCCAGGACUACAGCGUUCGGUACAGAGAGGGACUGGACCUCGUCCUGAAGAACCUAACACUCAGCGUCAAGGGAGGAGAGAAGAUUGGUAUUGUGGGUCGUACAGGAGCCGGCAAGUCUUCCAUGACGCUCUGCCUCUUCAGAAUACUGGAAGCUGCAGGAGGAGAGAUUACCAUUGACGACGUGAAGAUCUCUGAAAUAGGUCUCCAUGACCUGAGGUCCAAACUCACCAUCAUUCCACAGGAGCCUGUUCUGUUCUCUGGCAGCCUGAGGAUGAACCUGGACCCCUUUGACAAGUGCACUGAUGAAGCGGUGUGGAAAGCUCUGACGCAUUCUCACCUUGACAAGUUUGUCAGCAACUCGCCGGCAAAGCUGGAGCUGGAGUGUGCAGAGGGAGGAGAGAAUCUCAGUGUGGGCCAGAGGCAGCUGGUGUGUUUGGCUCGGGCUCUCCUGAGGAAGACGAGGAUCCUCGUGCUGGAUGAGGCUACAGCUGCUAUCGACCUGGAGACGGAUGAUCUGAUUCAGUCCACCAUAAGGACUCAGUUCGAAGACUGCACCGUCUUUACCAUCGCACACAGACUCAACACAAUCAUGGAUUACACAAGAGUUUUGGUGUUGGACAAGGGACAAGUCGCAGAGUUUGACACUCCCGCAAACCUGCUAUCUCAGAAAGGAAUCUUCUGGAGCAUGGCUAAAGACGCGGGACUGGUGCAGUAGAGGCGCCUUUUCAUAUCAAUGUUACAAAGCAGGGUCGAGGACCAGCUCAGUUCUCGUCAGUCAGACUCUGAAGUUCGAACCUGGCAGUUGAACUGAACAGUACCUGUUUAUGUGUGUUUGGUAUGUUUUCAGGGCACUAACUGCUGGUUUUUACGAAGCCUGAACGUGAAUCAGUUAGCAGUUGCCAGUCAUUUAGAUAGUGUUUGAUUGAACCCACAUCAGGACUUUUACAUAUGACUGUCUUCAGUUUCUGGAACUGCAUUGUGGGACAUACACCAACCUUUGAAAAAAAAAAAACAAGCCAUAAGUGCAAGUACUAGUUGAUCCAGGUCUGCUCUUUAGUGCCUUCUGCCAGAGGGAUGAAGAAAGCCAGUGAAUGUAUAUCGUUUUCUAAUCAGCUGUCGGCUGCAAAACAAAAAGGAGGAACUUUUUUAUUUUAUUUUUUCUACAAGAAACAUGCUGUGCCACUGUAUCUUUCCUCAUCCAAAAAACACGUUUUUGUGAUACACCCACUUAUUUUUGUACUGUACCUUUUAUUUAAGCCACUUUUAAAGAGUUUUCUGAUCUAGGGAAGUUUGUUCAGUUAAGUAUGUGAUUCAUCUGUGAACCAAAUCUAUAAAGACUUGAAUUCUAUACCACCAAAAUAUAAAAUAUGAUGAUGCCUUUAUUAAAAAAAAAGGAAGAACA